AUUCCCUGCUGGGGUGGCCAUUUUAGGCCCCUGCCCUGGGCCCCCCACUCAGAAUGCACAGCACCUCUUCAGCCUGCCUGCCAGGCCGCUACCCAGGCAGACCUCAGCCAUAUCCUGCAGAGGCACCAAGAUUGUGAGGCUCAGAGGUGAGUGUGAGCCUCUGGGAGGGCUUCCCGGCAGAAGGCGCCUGGGGACCCACACCCCUGAGGGCCUGCCAGACGACUCCUCCCCCCGCUGUGAGGCAUCCGGCCCCCUCCACCCAAGGAGGAAGCAGCAGAGGGUGGCGAGGUGGAGGCCGCCAGGCCAGGGAGCUGGAGGGUGCAAUACGAUCAUCGGAGCUGCUCAAUCCCAGGCUGGCAGGCCGGCCGCCCCAGGGCAUCUCAGGGGCAUAAAGGCAGAGCAGCAGAGGCCACCCCAGCUCUUCAGCCAAGAGCCACUGUCCACGAUGCUGCGGACUCUGCUGGUCGGCUCAGUCCUUGCCCUGCUCGCGGUGUCUCCAGGCCAGGCCGAAGUCCCCAUCCAGGCCAACUUCGAUGCCGGCCAGUUCCAGGGCACCUGGUAUGUGGUUGGGAUGGUGUCAGACGACCAAGGCUUCCUGGACUCCAGGGACAACAUGAAGACGCCCGUGGUCUUGGUGACCCCCUUGGCCAAUGGCGACCUGGCCCUCAAGUUUGGGUAUUCCACGCCCGAUGGUGGGUGCCAGAAGAUGGACAUGACCUUCACCAAGGGCGCAGUAGACGGGCAGUUCAGCAACACGGCCAUGGCCCAGACUGACAUCCGGGUGGUGUCCACCGACUACAAGCACUUCGCUGUGUUGUACUUCGAGACGCAGAAGGGGGACGACAGGAAUGUCUGGCUUCAUCUCUACGCCCGGGCCCCAGAGCUGUUUCCCGAAGGCGCCCAGAAGAUGCAGCAGCUGGCACCUCAAGUUGGCCUGAACCCCAGCCAGGGCGCCCUGCUGCCCAAGUCGGACCAGUGCGCCGGCGCCUUCUCCUAGAGAGGCAUCCAGCCCAGGAGUGCAGCAGGGGGCCGUGUGGCUUGCUGCUGCAGCACCCAGCCCUCCCCAAAGAACACCCUGUUCUCCCCACCCCGCCGCAUCCCCAGCACAAUAAACAAGCUCCCAAAGCCAA